CAAAACAAGUAGUCGGUGUGGUGAGACGCCAAAGAGGAACAGUUGGGGUUAAAAGGGUCUUAAAAGGAGGAAAAGUUGGGGGAGUACAACGAGUCUUAGGAGGAAGAAUCCUUGUGGUUCGUUUUUGAUUAUACACCCACCCAAAAAACAACUUAUGGAGCGCCAAAGUUGACUUUAAACAAAAGGUGCAAGCAGGCCUGCUGCCAGGUGGUCCGAGAUGGACUCCAGUGAGACCAAGAUGAUGUCCUCGGACUCCCCAGGCGACCCCUACCAUGAUGACGCCCAGGGACAGAGGGGACCCCGAGGUCCAGGUUGCAGCUGGCUGGUGGUGGUGGCGGCGGUGGCGGCCUCCCUGUCCGGCCUGAUGCUCGGCUACGAGAUGGGCCUGACGUCAGGGGUUCUGCUGCAGCUGCGUGGCGUCCUGUUGCUGUCGUGUCGGGAACAAGAGCUGCUGGUCAGCUCCCAGCUGCUCGGCGCUCUGCUGAUGUGCCUGGCAGGAGGUCCCAUCCUGGACCGCUACGGCCGCCGCGCCUCUCUUAUCCUGAGUGCUGUCCUGGUGGUCGGUGGUACGAUACUGCUCAUGGCAAUCACCUCGCUGGUGGCACUGGUGCUAGGGCGUGUCAUUGUGGGCAUGGGCACGGCGCUGUCGGGAACAGGGGCGUGCCUGUACAUCGCAGAGAUCUCGCCGCGGGAGAGGCGGGGCCUGCUGGUGACCCUGUACGAGCUGAUGCUGGUAGUGGGCGUCAUGCUCGGCUUCGGCUGUAGCUACGCAUUCGCCACGUUCACCAAUGGCUGGAUGUACACAUUUGGACUUGUGAUCCCUCCAGCGCUGCUCCAAAUCAGCAUUCUGGUGUUCUUGCCGCCCAGUCCGAGGUUCCUAGUAGGGCGGAGGCAGAUGGAGCAGGCCAGGACGGUUCUGGCUCGCAUGAGAGGCGGAAUGAAGGAGCAGGUGGAUGAAGAACUCAAAGACAUCCAGGCAGGACUUAAGGAGGAGUCGGAGCACAGCUUCAUGGAACUCUUCAGCUCCAAGUCCAACCUGCGAUCCCGGCUGCUCACGGGGGCAAUGCUCGUCUUCCUCCAGCAGGUCACCGGCCAGCCCAACAUCCUGUCCUACGCCUCGCCACUGCUGCGUAGCGUUGGCUUCCACAGCGACGCCGCUGCCACUUUGGCAUCCACUGGCUUUGGCGUGGUCAAGGUGGUGGCCACCAUCCCGGCCGUGCUGCUGGUGGACCGCGUGGGACCUAAGAGCUUCUUGUGCGUGGGCGCCGUUGCCAUGGGGAUGUCACUCGCCACACUGGGCGGAUUGACGCUGCAUAGUCACACGCACUUGUCCAGCCUGUGUGUGAGCAACAUGACGACCAACCACUCGCUCAUGGCGUGGGAUCCCAACAGAAGUGUGAACGGUGAAGUGUAUCCCUCAAUCCCCCCCCUCCAAUGGGACAGCCGAGAGACGACAGAUGAUGCAAGAAUGGGAGGUGGGCCAAUGGAGGACAAGUCUUCCUCGCUUAAGUGGGCGUCGCUCGUCAGCUUGUUGGUGUUUGUAGCGGCCUUCUCCAUCGGCCUUGGGCCAAUGUCGUACGUAGUCCUCACCGAGAUCUUCCCGAUGGGCGUCAGAGGCCGAGCCGUGUCGGUGGUGUCGGCCGUCAACUGGGCCACCAACCUGCUUAUCUCCAUGACUUUCCUCACCAUUACAGAGAAGAUCGGUGUUCCCAACGUUAUGUUUCUGUACGCCGCCAUGAGCUUUGUCCUGGUGGUGUUUGUCAUCCUGUGCGUGCCCGAGACUAAAGGACGUACACUGGAGGAGAUAUCAAAAGAACUGGCUAAAAAGAAGCAUUUUGAGUUCAGUCUCUGCAAUAAAAUACAGCCUCAGGACAUAUGUAUAACAUCCAUAACAUCCAGAGAGACAUUCCAAACAUCUGGUGACACACAUCCACUUCACAAUAACUCUGAAUAAUAUGCUGCAUUGCAAAAAUGAACAAAGACACUGUAUACAGUAACAGUAAGAAAGUCCCUCGAAGCAAAAAUGUGUAAUAAAGAAUAGCAUGCACGAAGACAGACAGAACACAUGAGUUUAAAAGUUGCCAUCACAGUGGUACAUUUUUGUACUUUGUUACAAGUUAUUUCUUGAUUUCAACAAUAUUUCUCACUUUCUUUUCAAAGGUCUGGCAUUUUCAACUUUUUUGGGCCCCAUAGUCGAUUAUUUUGCAGUCAUUCUCAGUGAUACUUGCCAACCUUGAGACCUCCAAAUU